AUGUCCGAUCCAGCAGAUGCAGAAACUGCAGCAGACGUUCAGCUCCUGUUCGAAAGAGUGAACCUCAACGACCUCGCCAAGAAGCUUGGUGUCGGCAGCGGCAACCUGCGCUUCGCAGACGAGGCGGCCAUGUUGGAGAAACUCAAGGUGGGUCAGGGCUGCGCCACGGCUCUCGCUCUGCUCUUCGAUAAGGACCAGAGUGUGAAGUUCGUCUUGGACCGGGACCUGGUAGAGGGAGGCCAUGAGAUGGUCUACUUCCACCCCAUGACCAACGCUGCCACCAUGGGGCUCCGACCAGACGACCUGCUGCGGUUCCUCAAGGAGACGGGCCACGAACCUGUCCUGGAGAGCUUCGAGUAGGGUGGGAAAGGAACCUGGAGCCAAACCGGGGUUAAAACCUGGAUGAGAGCAGCCUGCAGGGACUGAACCUGACUCGUGUUGUUAGAACAGGACAUGAAAAAGCCUGCAGCACAUAUGAACUCUGGUUCAGAUGUUUAGAAAUGAUACAAAAUGAUACAAUUACAACAUGAAUAAGAGGUGUCUAAAAGUUAUGAUUUAAAACAGAAUGUGAACAUUUUACUGCUUCAGUUACAGCUCUGCCAAAAAUAAUUUUAAGAUUUUUAAAAGAUGAAAUGUUUUUGACAAUUCAUUAGACAGAAAUUAGCAGUUUGUUUGUUAAUUGUUACUUAGUAAAGCUCGUCUGUUUAUUAUUUAAUGUUUUAGCUCAGUAAAAAACAACUGAAGACAUCGUCAUCAGUUUUUAGAAUGAUUUCUUCCUUCCACAGACAAGAACCUGGCAAUACGAUACAUAUCACAAUACAGGGGUUACAAUUAAAGCUGCAGUAGUUAAUUUUUUAUAAAAUAUUUGCUGAAACCUUCACUAUAUCCUGACAAUACAACAUGAGACAGGUAAUCUGUGAAACAAUCAGGUUUCUCUGGGUCCUCCUAGUGUUCCUAAUGGCAAAAAUGCACAGAAACUUAAUUCUUAAAAGUUACCUACUGCAGCUUUAAAUAUAUAGUGAUAUAUUGCAGUGUGUGAUAGUAUUGCAAUUUUUAAAAAGAUAACAUUUUAGGAAAGCUGUCAUAGUACUGUUUUGGUCUCUAUAGCUAAUUAUUCCCUUAAUGACAGC